AAAUUGAGUUGUGUACCUUUGAAGAAAAAAUACACGAGAGAUCCGCCAUUUUGCAGUUUAUUUUGUAUAUUUAAUAGAAUAAUAUGAUAAAUAAUUUCCCUGUUAGAAUUGCGAUCAUAGUUUCCAGGUAGGAAACGGCCAUUAAGUGGCCUUAAAGAGAUGAAUGCCUCUCUCAAAUGCAAACAAGCGUGUUCUGCAUGAACCACAACGGAAAGACGAAGAAAAAGUCCAAAAGAAACGAAGGUUGAGCGAUCAGAAUACCUCUGCAACUAAAAGGACUAGAGUUAGUUCUGCAGAUUCGCCUACAAUGACUGAUUCACAGAAACGUGCUAAUUUCUCGGCCGUGCCAAGCCCAGGAAGCAAUGGAGUCCAUAGACAUGCUUCACCCCUGAACAGCACCAAACCUGGAACUACAAAAAAGCUUGUUAUUAAGAACUUAAAGGAAAAACCGAAGCUUCCAGACAACUACCAACAAGUGACAUGGGGAAAAUUACGUGAAGCUGUAGAUGCUAUUCAUACAAGUCAUGCAAUACACUCAAGUCUCGAAGAACUAUAUCAGGCUGUGGAAAAUAUGUGCUCAUAUAAAAUGUCAUCUAUGUUGUAUGAGCAUUUAAAACAGGCAUGUGAAAAUCAUGUGAAACUGAACAUUGGCCAGCUGUUGGAAGAAAAUAUUGGGUAUGAAGAGUUCUUGAAAAAGAUGGACACAUGUUGGCAGUCACACUGUAGACAGAUGAUAAUGAUCCGAAGCAUAUUUUUGUUUCUUGAUAGAACCUAUGUGCUGCAAAACUCAACUAUUCUUUCUAUAUGGGAUAUGGGCUUGGAGCUUUUCAGAAUACAUAUUGUUGGGCACCAUAUAGUUCAGGGUAGAACUGUAGAUGGUCUACUUCAGUUGAUAGACAGAGAAAGGAGUGGGGAAACAGUUGAUAGGGGUCGGCUUAAAAGUCUUCUGAGAAUGUUGUCAGAUCUUCAGAUUUAUCAGGAUGCAUUUGAGAAGAAAUUCCUGGAGGCGACAGACAGUCUGUAUAGGGCAGAGGGUCAGAGAUUAAUGGAAGAGAGAGAUGUUCCCGAGUACCUACAGCAUGUAGAACAGCGUCUGGAGGAAGAAAAUGAAAGACUUCUCCAUUAUCUGGAUCAGUCUACAAAAAAACCGUUGGUAUAUUUGGUAGAGAAACAACUGUUGGAGCAGCAUGUAACUCAGAUGUUGGUAAAAGGUCUGGAUCAACUGUUGUCAGAAAACCGGAUCUCUGAUCUUACCAGAAUGUAUAAUCUGUUUUCCCGUGUGAAAAAUGGGCAGAAAGAAUUGUGUGCUUCUUUUGGAACUUACAUUAAGGGAACGGGUAGAAUUAUUGUCCUAAAUGUAAGCAAUGAUCCUGAAAAAGACAAAGAUAUGGUGCAAGCCAUGUUGGAUUUCAAAGACAAAAUAGACAAUAUAAUAACAACAUGUUUUGCUAAAAAUGAACAGUUUAUCAAUGCAAUGAGAGAGAGUUUUGAGAACUUCAUCAACGCUCGUCAGAACAAACCUGCAGAAUAUAUAGCCAAAUAUGUAGAUAACAAAUUACGUGCAGGAAACAAAGAGGCAACAGAAGAAGAGUUAGAGAGAUUGCUUGAUAAAAUCAUGGUCCUCUUCAGGUUUAUACAUGGUAAGGAUGUGUUUGAAGCUUUUUACAAAAAGGAUCUUGCCAAACGUCUUCUGGUCGGGAAGAGUGCGUCAGUUGAUGCUGAGAAGUCAAUGCUCUCAAAAUUAAAACAAGAAUGUGGAAGCGGUUUUACAGUGAAGUUAGAGGGCAUGUUUAAAGACAUGGAAUUGUCUAAAGAUAUUAUGUUAGCCUUUAAACAGUCUGUACAAAAUGAGAGAGCAUCAAAGAAUUUGGAGCUGACAGUGAACAUCCUCACAAUGGGAUACUGGCCAACUUACACAGCUAUGGACGUUCAUUUGCCUAGUGAGAUGGUAAAACUGCAGGAAAUUUUCAAGACUUUUUACCUAAGUAAACACAGUGGACGCAAGCUCCAGUGGCAGCCUACACUCGGACAUUGUGUGUUAAAAGCUGACUUUUCAGGGGGUAUGAAAGAGUUACAGGUUUCAUUGUUCCAGACAUUAUGUUUACUCCUCUUCAAUGAAGGUGACGUGUUCUCAUUUGAGGAGAUCAAACAGGCAACAGCAAUAGAGGACAGUGAACUUAGGAGAACGUUGCAGUCUUUAGCGUGUGGAAAAGCCAGAUUGCUUUUGAAAGCACCUAAGGGUAAGGAUGUUGCCAAUGAUGACAAGUUCAAGUUCAACGAUGAUUUCAAACACAAGUUAUACAGAAUCAAAAUCAAUCAGAUACAGAUGAAAGAAACACAAGAAGAGAAUGUGAGCACUACAGAACGAGUGUUCCAGGAUAGACAGUACCAGGUAGACGCAGCCAUUGUGAGAAUCAUGAAAACGCGUAAAACCCUGACACACAAUCUGUUGAUAUCAGAGUUGUAUAAUCAGCUCAAAUUUCCAGUCAAGAUGGCAGAUUUGAAAAAGCGUAUAGAAAGUUUGAUAGACAGAGACUACAUGGAACGUGACAAAGAUAAUCCAAAUACAUACAACUAUGUAGCAUAAAUAAUCUCAACACGUGUGAUAUACUGUGAUUAUAACAGACUAAAAAUUACAGAAAUGACUAUUGCAUAGAUAUUUCAUGUUUAAAAUAGAUGAUGCCUGGAUUAAAGUGAUUCAAGCAAAACCAGAAGAUUUUACGCAUACGUGUGUUACAGUUUGUGUUUUCCGCCAGAGAAGCUUGGAAUACAUUAUAAAAGAAGUGAAUGAAAUAUCAGAAUUUGAAUAUGCAAGAUUAGAUUGCAGAGUUAAAAUUGAUGAUUAUUGCGAUUUUUUUUUCUAUGUAAAUGUGUUAUAGGAAGUACAAAUGAGUAAAAUAAGAAAUAUCA